UUAAUUUUGCACCGGUACAUUUUUUGCACAGACAGAGUAUAUAGAAAACCCGUUACGUUCCGCAUAUUGGGUAUGCAGACAGGCAGUGCGUGCUUAAUCGGGAAAAUCGGUACAAAUUUCAUGCCAAAAUAAAAGCACUUCCCCGGACGAAAUGACGGUUUCAAAUGUGCAGAGAUUGUAAUUAUUGAUUAGGUGUUGAAAUAUAUGCUAUCGUUAUGGAAAAUUCGGAAGCGGAAGGGGACAUAAAAGGAAUCAGCCGGAGUCCUCCUGUGGAUACGGAAAAUGUCAACGACAGUAUGCAGAACAACGCCCCAAAAACUGACCGCAUGGACGGGCUACUUUGCGGAAACCGGGUGGAAACGUCGCCCGGCUGCGCUUCCGAUACGGCUGAUGUCGAAGCUUGCUGCAGGGGCGGGGGAUCCGCAAUGGAGACUGCAAAACACUGUCAACGUGAGCGAAAUAAUCUGUCGGUUCUAUCAGUUGCCCUUAUUGAUCUACCAUCUGGCGACUGCACGCACAAUCUCCGAUAUAACAAACAAAAGGACAUUUCGCCCAAUCUUGCCGGCAAAUAUGUUUGGCAGCGAGUACGCACAUGUCAGCAAUUCGCGCGAUGUAAUGCUGCAAAAGCCGGUGGCGCCGUGUGUGCGGCGUACGAAAUCGCUUACGGAGACCAGAUUGCCGUGUUCUCCGCGUUCAUGAUGUCCGUCCUUAAAGCUCAGCAGAUCCCGCUUGUUUACAGAUUUAGCUUGUUCAACCGCAGACCUCGCCGCAGCGAGCACUGCUGCGAAUGCAGGAGAAAGGUCAAGAUGACAAACUUCGUUUGGCGCAGUUCGUCGCCAUGCUGCCUGGGUUCGAGAUCGUUAGUCUGGGUGAUCCCGGACAAAAUUACUACACAUUACCGGGGCCGGAACACAUUCACGCCAACAACUACUGGAUGGAGAUGAUGGGUUUGGAUCCUGAAUUCCUUCGGUUCUGCUACAAAUUCACUGCUGUAUUCAACGGAAUCGGGCUGACGCUGACGGAAUCCUAUCUGCUUCUGGCCGCAGUAUUUUUUUAUCCGCGCUCAACUACCGCGUCGGAUAAACCGGCACUCGAACAACUGCACGCGUUUUAUACGGAUGCGCUGACGUACACGAUCGGCUAUCGCUGCCGGAAUCCGGAGGAACGCGCCGCUGUCUACCACAAACUGAACGAAGCGGCCAAAAUGUUCCCCACGGUGCACCAGGUUGCUCUUGCGCGGUAUCAAACUGUCGACCGGAUGGUGCCACCGUUUCCUGCACCGCUGAGGACGCUGCUUCAGGACUGCUUGAAACAAUAAUUACUGUGCUCGUAUCGAGCCAUACGUACGAAUGGCAC